AUGGAACGGGAUUGCUUUCGUUUUGUGAAAAAAUAUCAUCAGUGUCAAAUUCAUGGUGAUCUCAUUCAUUCACCUCCUUCAGAGUUGCACCUCAUGGCCGCUCCUUGGCCCUUUGUUGCAUGGGGAAUAGAUGUCAUCAGACCAAUUGAGCCUAAAGCUUCUAAUGGACAUCAAUUUAUUUUGGUCACAAUUGAUUACUUUACUAAAUGGGUGGAGGCAAUCACUUUCAAGGCAGUCACUAAGAAGGUGGUCGUGGAUUUUGUCCAUUCAAACAUCAUUUGUCGUUUUGGUAUCCCAAGAACUAUUAUCACGAAUAAUGCUGCAAACCUUAAUAGCAAUUUGAUGAAGGAGGCCAACGGAGCUAUGGAGGCAGCCAAUAAGAAUAUCAAAAAGAUUCCCAGAAAAAUAGUUCAAGGCACUAGACAAUGGCAUGAGAAGCUGUCUUUUGCAUUUUUAGGAUAUCGCACAACAAUGCGCACCUCGAUUGGUGCAACUCCUUAUUUGCUGGUGUAUGGGACUGAGGCUGUGAUACCAGCGGAAGUCAAAAUUUCAUCUCUUCGAAUUAUUGUCGAGGCUGAAAUUGAAGAUAUUGAAUGA